UCCCAUUUUCUUCAGACCCGCUCAGUUCAAGCUCAAUCAUUGCAAAGAAUUAAGAAGAUCAUUGCUUUUUCUAAGCGGGUCUCUUCUUUCUCUACAAACCUCUAACUUUCUCAGUUUCUUCUUUCUUUAUCACCAUGGACAUGAAGAAGGUGACCUGUGCCGUCCUCGUCUCCGCUGCCGUCAUGAGUGCUACUAUGGCCUCUGGUGAAGGCCCCGCUCCAGCACCUGGCCUGUCCUCCGACGCGGCAGCUGCUGCUUUACCAGCUGUUGGAGCUUUCAUUGGUGCUUCUCUUGCAUCUUUCUUUGCCUAUUACUUGUAAGAAGCUAAGUAAAGAAUAGGAAGGCAUAGGGAGGAAUGAAGGGAAAAAAAUAUUAUGUAAACAUGGGAAAGAGAAACUCUGGUUAGUGGUUGGUGUGUGGCUUGGAAGGAAAAAAAAGUAUUGUUUAU